CCAGAGUACAUCUAAUCUCAAAUACAAGAUGACUUCGACUCCUUCGCAGACAAUUGCUUCUUUGAAGGAAGAGCUUGAAGCAUCCUCUCAUGGCAACAAUUAUCAACCUCUCUGGACCGUUUUCGGGCAAAUGGUGCCUCCCAAGCCCAAUCCCCGCGCCGUGCCAGCUAUUUGGCGUUAUGAUCAAAUGAGGCCAGAUCUGAUGAAAGCCGGGGCCAUUAUCACCGCAGAGGAGGCCGAGAGACGAGUCCUGAUGCUAGUAAAUCCAAAUAUGGAUGCACCUCACACGACAGAUACAAUCUAUGGCGGUCUACAACUCGUUCUUCCCGGGGAAACAGCCCCGGCACACAGGCAUGUCGCGUUUGCCCUCCGCUUCAUUAUCGAAGGCAACGACGGGUUCACGGCAAUUGAAGGCCAGAAAAUUCGUAUGGAAACAGGAGACGUGAUUCUGACUCCCUCGUGGUGCUGGCACGAUCAUGGCAACGAGGGCAAGGACCCGAUGAUUUGGCUUGAUGGCUUGGACUUACCGCUGUUUCAACGUUUCCCUGUCAACUUCGCUGAGGAAUACACCGAGAGUCGUUAUCCCGCCUUAGACUCUGAUGACAGCCCCAUUCGCUUUCCCUGGAGAGACGUCGAGGCCGUGUUGGACGGCGCGCAACUCCCAUAUGCUGUUCAUCAUUACCAAAGUAAAGGAAAGAGUUACCUUUCGGAUACAAUCAGUGCACAGGCGGAGCGAUUGAGUCCAGGCUAUACCACAGUACCUUGCCGAGAGACUUGCUCAUUUCUCUAUCACGUAAAGAGCGGCGAGGGCGUCUCCAAGCUCACUACGGCAGACGGAAAGGAGCAUGAGAUCCAAUGGAAAGCAAAGGACACAUUUGCGGUACCCGCGUGGUGUCGCACUCAGCACACAUGUUCUUCAGAAGAGCCAGCCUACCUAUUUGCGAUCAAUGACCGUCCCAUGUUGGAGUCAUUAGGGUUCGUCAGACGAGACUAGAGUCCAUCGCUGAAUUUGCAUCGGGAGCCUACUUUCUGGAGACUGAUCACUACUGUCUGAGCCAUCCUGGGGGUUUUUAAGUGCUAUUAAACCAGGAGGAAAAGAUGAUGGUUUAGCAAUCAAAUACUUCUCAGUAUUCUCAUGGAUCAAAUUUGGU